AUGGACAAGCCUCUUACACAUGAAAGAUUGCUAGAAUAUAGAGAGGCAUUUCAACUAUUCGACAAAGAUGGAAAUGGAACAAUUGAAAUCGAAGAACUCAAAAUCGUUCUGAGCUCACUCGGGCAGCCAGCAACCGAGGAAGAACUUCAGGAAUUGAUGAAAUUGGCAGACAUUGAUGGAGAUGGAACGAUUGAUUUUGAUGAGUUUAUUGAAAUGAUGAGAGUGCAAGAUGCGAUGGAAACAGAAAACUCGCAUGAAGAAACUCUCCGGGAAACAUUUCAACUGUUCGAUACCGACGGAAGUGGGAAGAUUUCAUCGUCAGAGCUCAAACAAGUUAUGGAGAAAUUAGGAGAUCAUCUGACUGAUAGCCAGAUUCAGGCGAUGAUCAAAGAAGCCGACGCUGAUGGAGAUGGAGAAAUCGACUUUGAAGAAUUCGUGCGAAUGGUCUCCUGCUAA